AUGGGGCAUGCAGAUCGCGUGGUGAUGAUUGGCACCGCAAGUAAAGGAAUAAUCGACCGACAACACCAGCAUAAUGCCCAGGUAUAUCGACAGCUGUAUGCACCAAAUCCGUUUGCAAGUGAAACAGAUGAAGAUAUCCAGAAAUAUAUGAAAGAAGUGGAGGCAAAGACUCCGAGACCAAGUUCAGCGAUCGACAGUGCUGAACGCGCAGCACCCAGCCCACCGCUUUAUGAAAAUGAUAGCCCUUCUGUAGGCAAGUUUUUUCGGCUUAAAUAUCUUUCUGAUACUUGGGCGCUGAGGGGUAAAACUGUUUCAUUGUGUUAA